GUCCGUCCGGAUUCCGCGGGACCGCCCGGCCCGGCCCGCAUCGGGGGAUCGCGGGGCUGCGGGCGCCGCCUCGGUGCCGGAGCCGCCCGCCCCCUCGCCGCCCGGACUCCAGGCCCCGCGCGCGAGCCGGCCCGCGAGCCGGCCGAGGGCCGCCCCUCCCGGGGGCCCGUAGCCCCGUGGGCGCGGCGCGGCGCGGCCCGGCUCCCGGAGCCCUCCGACCCCCGGCCAUGGCCCGCGCCCGCCCGCCGCCGCCGCCGCCGCCGCCUCCGCCGCCGCCGGGGCUCCGGCCGCUGCUCCCCCCGCUGCUGCUGCUGCCGCUGCUGCUGCCCGCCGGCUGCCGGGCGCUGGAAGAGACCCUCAUGGAUACAAAAUGGGUGACGUCUGAGUUGGCAUGGACGGCUCAUCCUGAAAGUGGGUGGGAAGAGGUGAGUGGCUACGACGAGGCCAUGAACCCCAUCCGCACGUAUCAGGUGUGUAACGUGCGCGAGUCGAGCCAGAACAACUGGCUGCGCACGGGGUUCAUCUGGCGGCAGGACGUGCAGCGGGCGUACGUGGAGCUCAAGUUCACCGUGCGCGACUGCAGCAGCAUCCCCAACAUCCCCGGCUCCUGCAAGGAGACCUUCAACCUCUUCUACUACGAAGCGGACGGCGACGUGGCCUCGGCCUCCUCGCCCUUCUGGAUGGAGAACCCCUACGUGAAGGUGGACACCAUCGCACCGGACGAGAGCUUCUCGCGGCUGGACGCCGGCCGGGUCAACACCAAGGUGCGGAGCUUCGGGCCGCUCUCCAAGGCCGGCUUCUACCUGGCCUUCCAGGACCAAGGAGCCUGCGUGUCCCUCAUCUCCGUGCGCGCCUUCUACAAGAAGUGCGCGCCCACCACCGCGGGCUUCGCGCUCUUCCCCGAGACCCUCACGGGGGCCGAGCCCACCUCGCUCGUCAUCGCCCCCGGCACCUGCGUCGCCAACGCCGUGGAGGUGUCGGUGCCGCUCAAGCUCUACUGCAACGGCGACGGGGAGUGGAUGGUGCCCGUGGGCGCCUGCACCUGCGCCGCGGGCCACGAGCCGGCCGCCGGGGAGUCCCAGUGCCGCCCCUGUCCUCCUGGAAGCUACAAGGCAAAGCAAGGAGAGGGGCCCUGCCGCCCCUGCCCCCCAAACAGCCGUACUACCUCGCCAGCUGCCAGCAUCUGCACCUGCCACAAUAACUUCUACCGCGCAGACUCGGACUGCGGACAGCCCUGCACCACGGUGCCGUCGCCCCCCCGGGGAGUGAUCUCCAACGUGAACGAGACCUCGCUGACCCUCGAGUGGAGCGAGCCCCGGGACCUGGGCGGCCGGGAGGACCUCCUCUACAACGUCAUCUGCAAGAAGUGCCGCGGGGGGCCCGGCCCCCCCGCCUGCGCCCGCUGCGACGACAACGUGGAGUUCGUGCCCCGGCAGCUGGGCCUGACCGAGCGCCGCGUCCACGUCAGCCACCUGCUGGCCCACACGCGCUACACCUUCGAGGUGCAGGCCGUCAACGGGGUGUCCGGCAAGAGCCCCCUGCCGCCCCGCUACGCGGCCGUGAACAUCACCACCAACCAGGCUGCCCCGUCCGUAGUGCCCACCCUCCACCUGCACAGCAGCUCGUGGAGCAGCCUCACCCUGUCCUGGGCGCCCCCGGAGCGGCCCAACGGAGUCAUCUUGGACUAUGAGAUGAAGUACUUCGAGAAGAGCGAGGGCAUCGCCUCCACCGUGACCAGCCAGAAGAACUCGGUGCAGCUGGACGGGCUGCGGCCCGACGCCCGCUACGUGGUCCAGGUCCGCGCGCGCACCGUGGCCGGCUACGGCCAGUACAGCCGCCCGGCCGAGUUCCAGACCACCAGCGAGAGAGGCUCGGGGGCCCAGCAGCUCCAGGAGCAGCUCCCCCUCAUCGUGGGCUCCGCCACAGCCGGCCUGGUCUUCGUGGUGGCCGUCGUGGUCAUUGCUGUCGUCUGCCUCAGGAAGCAGCGGCACAGCUCGGAUGCGGAGUACACCGAGAAGCUGCAGCAAUACAUUGCUCCUGGCAUGAAAGUUUACAUUGACCCCUUUACCUACGAGGACCCCAACGAGGCUGUGCGGGAGUUUGCUAAGGAAAUCGACGUGUCCUGCGUGAAGAUCGAGGAGGUGAUUGGCGCUGGGGAGUUUGGAGAAGUGUGUCGGGGUCGGCUAAAGCAGCCUGGCCGCCGGGAGGUAUUUGGCAUCAAGACGUUGAAAGUGGGCUACACCGAGAGGCAGCGGCGGGAAUUCCUGAGUGAGGCCUCCAUCAUGGGGCAGUUUGACCACCCCAACAUUAUCCGGUUAGAAGGCGUGGUCACCAAAAGUCGGCCAGUUAUGAUUCUCACGGAGUUCAUGGAGAACUGUGCCUUGGACUCCUUCCUUCGGCUCAACGAUGGCCAGUUCACGGUCAUCCAGCUGGUGGGCAUGUUGAGGGGCAUUGCAGCUGGCAUGAAGUACCUGUCGGAGAUGAACUACGUGCACCGGGACCUGGCCGCCCGGAACAUCCUGGUCAACAGCAACCUGGUUUGCAAGGUCUCGGACUUUGGCCUCUCCCGCUUCCUGGAGGACGACCCCUCGGAUCCGACCUACACCAGCUCCCUGGGCGGGAAGAUCCCCAUCCGCUGGACGGCCCCGGAGGCCAUAGCCUACCGGAAGUUCACCUCUGCUAGUGACGUCUGGAGCUACGGGAUCGUCAUGUGGGAGGUCAUGAGCUACGGAGAGCGCCCCUACUGGGACAUGAGCAACCAGGACGUCAUCAACGCCGUGGAGCAGGACUACCGGUUGCCGCCGCCCAUGGACUGCCCCACGGCGCUGCACCAGCUCAUGCUGGACUGCUGGGUGCGCGACCGCAACCUCAGGCAGUUCUCCCAGAUCGUCAACACCCUGGACAAGCUCAUCCGCAACGCCGCCAGCCUCAAGGUCAUCGCCAGCGCCCAGUCGGGCCUGUCCCAGCCCCUCCUGGACCGCACGGUCCCGGACUACACCACCUUCACCACCGUGGGCGACUGGCUGGACGCCAUCAAGAUGGGGCGCUACAAGGAGAGCUUCCUCAGCGCUGGCUUCGCCUCCUUUGACCUGGUGGCCCAGAUGACUGCAGAAGACCUGCUCGGAUCGGGGUCACCCUGGCAGGCCACCAGAAGAAGAUCCUGAGCAGCAUCCAGGACAUGCGGCUGCAGAUGAACCAGACGUGCCCGUGCAGGUCUGACGCCCGCCGCCGCCCGGGGGCGCCCCAGGGACUUCGCAGGGACUCCGGCCAGCCGGCUGCACUUGGGAACUUUUGGACGCCUGGCCUU